GACGUCUUCAUUUUGCCAGUGUACCUGAAAGUGUUCAAACUUGAACCUCCAAUUCUGGAAUGACCUAGUGUAUGGGUGUAGAUGGCGAAAAUGCAUGGGCGUCUGCUGGCGUUGCUGUUGGUCAUCACGGUGACAGCGACGACCGCGGCCAUCAAUCAGAACCAAUUAGCCACGCUGGUGAACGGAAUUCUCCGCAAGUUCGACGUUCAAAACCGUACAAAGCUGCCCAUGUUCAGUCUGGCUGUGAGCAUCCCGUAUAACAAAAAUCUAGGGAAGUACGAUCUCAAUCAUGUGAAUUUGGACCAGAAAGUGAGGAAUGCCAUCCUGCAUUGCGAAGUCUACUCGAACAGAAAUGUAGUGGCCGCCACUGUUCUGAAGUGGCCCGACGUGCUGGAAAAUUGUCCCAAUGCAGUGGUACCAUGGGUAGAUGAUAAGAAAAACUUCAAGGAAAAACCAAUAACGUGGCUAGAUGUGAACAAAACAAACAAUCAGGCCAUUAAAAACCACCGAGCAGAUCAUGCUGAGUACCGGGUUCUGAAGGCGUUUCAACACUGGUCUAAAAAUAAGGACAAGUCGGGUUUGUUACUACUCUACGUGUACGCGUCACCGUGCACAGACCAAUGCACUGCCGAAGGCAACGAGCGGAGCAUCCUAAAAUUGGUGGAGGGCAUCAAGCAAUGGAAGGAGCACGCUGUCGUCUUCUCUAAAGUUUUUGAACCCAAGAAUUCCAAAUUCAACUCUGUAUCUGUUGGCAAAAGGAAGGAUGCCCUUUUCCGUCUGGGGAGUCAUAUGGUUCAAAAUGGCCUCGAAAAGAUCUUCCGAUGUGACAAAGUCAAAACCUACAUGGUGUGUGACAGCUGUUCCACUGAGGAUGAUGUCACACCUCGUUGUUAUGAGAACUCAAACCAUCAGAUUGGUGACCUCAACUGCCUACCAAGUGGAGGUGAAGGACAAAAGCGAAGAAAAAGAAGCCUCGGGAAGCAUCGUGGGGAGUAUGACGCGUGUGAUGUCCCCUCACGACGAGUACCCCGGAUCAAAGGCGUGAUGACUAAUGAAAACACUGAUUACAGUGAUGAUGAAGCAUCGAGCAGAGUUCUGGCCCCAAGUCCACCAACAUGGGGCAUGGGUCGUGAAAGAGGGCUAAGCAAACGGCAGAAAGGAGGAAAGGGAGGGACCGGGAGAGAGCAGGAGGGCCAGCAGGAGAAUGAGCAAGGCAAGGAACAACGCAGGAAGGUCGCCAAAACUCAGGGCCAGGGCAAGGCAAGACGCGGGAAGGUCGCCAAAACUCAAGGCCAGAGCAAGCCACAACGCAGGACGGUCACCAAAACUCAGGGCAGCCCUCGCAGGCAGGCUGGCCAACCCCGCGGAUGGGGUGGCGCUUCUAACAAGUCGGGUGCCAAACCCCACGAGCAGAUUAAUACAGCUCACACCUCCCACAGGUCAGGCGCCAGCCCUGUCCCUCGCCGACAGGGCAGCGCCCCCCACAGGGGGGCCAGCAAACCAGUCCGCUCAAGUCAUAAGCGGGGAGCAACCCGUGGACGAGGUCGUUCAAGUCGUAGGCCGGGAAGGGGUUAAUAAUGUGUGAGCAAUUUGUAUC